ACUUCUCGGGUGUUUGUUCGUCUCACAAAGGAUACGACCUACUUAACGGGCAAUGAAGUAGUGAGGCUGGCCGAGACAUCCUACACUAUAGGAGAGUCAGAUGAAGUGGUUGAGGUGUGCAUCAAUGCAGUUGGUACCACUUCUUCGUGCCCCAGCACCGAGUCUUUCCAUGUCACCCUUUCAACUAGCGACCAAACUGCAGAGAGUCCCGCAGACUAUGUGGCAGUGGAAGAGGUGCUGACGUUUGCUGCCUGUGAGAGCCAGCGUUGUGUGAAUGUGAGGCUGGCCAAUGACCUGGUCAAUGAACCGGAGGAGACCUUCUCUCUCAGUCUCACACGGUCCACCAGAUAUCACAUCUCCAUCACCUCCACCACUGGAGUGGUGGUUAUCACCGAUGAUGAUGAUAGACCUGCUGGGGUCAGUUUCCUCCCAGUGAACGCCACAGGAGUGAGGAUCUCCUGGAGUGGUAGUGUCCACCUUCCCACCUCCAUCCACUACACCGUCUCUCUCUCCACCACCGGCAUCAUCAUUAGCCAAUACAACAAGGUCUACCCACCAGGAACCACCUCCGAUGUCGUGGUUUUGGAUGAUGACAUCACUCUUACCAAUGCAUAUGUGCAUAACUUCACUUUGUAUUACAUCAUAAGAAAUGAUGUCACGCUUGUCCCAGGACCUCCAACCAAUGCACCCUUCGCUUUUGAUAAAACGUCUUUUCAAAUUCAGUUUGGACCUUUUCAAUACUGUCUGGACUGGGGAUUGAAGAAAAUUGCUCGUAUUAUUGAGAAACAGCUCCAGGCUUACUUGAUUCAGAUAAUUCGUGAAGCUUGCAGUGACUGCUACAAAUUAACCCCUUCUUUCCUGAGACCAGGACUGUUUCUCUGUCACAGUAACCCCACCAAUACCACCUUCCGCUCCACCCUCGUUAACCCUUUCCCCACCACAAACUCAUAAACCCACCUGGGUGGGCAUUAUUCAGAGUUGGGUGUCCACGAGUCCGUCCCUCGUUCUAGACGGUCUGCUGGUGAGGGUGAGUCCGGCCUGCCCCACUUCUAUCUCCAGUCUCGAUGAAGAAGAGUGUGAGACUGGUACCUGAGGAACCUUGGAGAAGAAGUCUGCAGGCUCGGUGGCUGCUGAGUUGUGGACACAUACUAAUAAUAACAGCUAGUUAUAGUUUACUUGCUAUGUAUUGUUUGGGACUCAAAUACGAUCUAUAACUAGGUAGCCAGCAUCAAAGUGUAUAUAAUUAUAUGCAA